AGGGUGCUGGCUGCAGAGCCCCAGGUCCCGGCGCCCGGCCCGCUCGCGGCCGCGUGGGAGCAGCGGGGCUCGACGGCGCGGCCGCCCGGAAGCCAUGGCCGCGCAUGGGAAGCUGCGCCGGGAGCGGGGGCCGCAGGCCGAGUAUGAGGCGCAAGUCAAAGAGAUGCGCUGGCAGCUGAGCGAGCAGCUGCGCUGCCUGGAGCUGCAGGGCGAGCUGCGGCGGGACCUGCUGCAGGAGCUGGCCGAGUUCAUGCGGCGGCGCGCCGAAGUGGAGCUAGAGUAUUCCCGGGGCCUGGACAAACUGGCCGAGCGCUUCUCCAGCCGAGGCGGCCGCCUGGGGGGCGGCGGCCGGGAGCACCAAAGCUUCCGGAAGGAGCCGUCCCUGCUGUCGCCCCUGCACUGCUGGGCCGUGUUGCUGCAGCAUACGCGGCAGCAGAGUCGGGAGAGCGCCACCCUCAGUGAGGUGCUGGCCGGGCCCCUGGCCCAGCGCCUGAGUCACAUUGCGGAGGAUGUGGGGCGCCUAGUCAAGAAGACCAAGGAUCUGGAGCAGCAGCUGCAGGAGGAGCUCCUGGAGGUGGUGUCGGAGCUUCAGACGGCCAAGAAGACGUACCACGUGUACCACAUGGAGAGCGUCAAUGCUGAGGCCAAGCUCCGGGAGGCUGAGCGGCAAGAGGAGAAGCGGGCGGGCCGCACCACUGCCACCGCCGCCGCGGCCACCAAUGAGGCAGGCCCUGUCCGCAAGAGCUCCCUCAAGAAGGGAGGGCGGCUGGUGGAAAAGCGUCAGGCCAAGUUCUUGGAGCAUAAAGUCAAGUGCACAAAGGCUCGCAACGAGUACCUGCUCAGCCUGGCCAGCGUCAAUGCUGCCGUCAGCAACUACUACUUGCACGACGUCUUGGAUCUCAUGGAUUGCUGUGACACAGGAUUCCACUUAGCCCUGGGCCAGGUGCUCCGGAGCUACACGGCUGCCGAGACCCGCACCCAGGCCUCCCAGAUGCAGGGUCUCGGCAGCCUGGAAGAGGCGGUGGAGGCCCUAGAUCCUCCAGGGGACAAGGCCAAGGUUCUGGAGGUGCACGCAGUGGCCUUCUGUCCCCCGCUGCGUUUCGACUACCAGCCCCACGAGGGAGAUGAGGUGGCUGAGAUCCAGGUGGAAAUAGAACUGCGGGACGAGAUCCUGCCCAGGGCCCAGAAUAUCCAGAGCCGCCUGGACCGACAGACCAUCGAGACGGAGGAGGUGAGCAAGACUCUGAAGGCCACGCUGCAGGCCUUACUGGAGGUGGUGGCGUCGGAAGAUGGGGACGUGCUUGACUCUUUCCAAGCCAGCCCCUCCACCGAGUCCCUCAAGUCCACCAGCUCGGAUCCGGGUUCUCGGCAGGCUGGCCGGAGGCGGGGCCAGCAGCAGGAGACUGAGACCUUCUACAUCACGAAGCUCCAGGAGUACCUGAGUGGACGAAGCAUCCUCGCCAAGCUGCAGGCCAAGCAUGAGAAACUGCAGGAGGCCAUUCAGCGAGGUGACAAGGAGGAGUGGGAGGCGUCUCGGACCCAGUACACACAGAGAAAACUCCAGAAGAGCCGCCAGCCCCGCCCCAGCUCCCAGUAUAACCAGAAACUCUUCGGGGGAGACAUGGAGAAGUUUAUCCAGAGCUCAGGCCAGCCCGUGCCCCUGGUGGUGGAGAGCUGUGUCCGCUUCAUUAACCUGAAUGGCCUGCAGCACGAGGGCAUCUUCCGGGUGUCAGGUGCCCAGCUCCGGGUCUCAGAGAUCCGCGACGCUUUCGAGAGAGGGGAGGACCCGCUGGUGGAAGGCUGUACGGCCCACGACCUGGACUCCGUGGCUGGGGUGCUGAAGCUCUACUUCCGGAGCCUGGACCCCCCGCUCUUCCCGCCGGACCUGUUCGCGGACCUGCUGGCUUCUGCAGAGCUGGAGGCCGUGGCGGAGCGGGUGGAGCUCGUGAGCCAACUGCUGGCCCGGCUGCCCAGACCCGUGCUGGUGGUCCUGCGUUACCUUUUCACCUUCCUCAACCACUUGGCUCAGUACAGCGACGAGAACAUGAUGGACCCCUACAACCUGGCCGUGUGCUUCGGGCCGACACUGCUGCCCGUGCCCGCAGGGCAGGACCCGGUGGCCCUGCAGGGCCGGGUGAACCAGCUGGUGCAGACGCUCAUCGUGCAGCCGUCGCGGGUUUUCCCGCCUGUGAGCCUGCUGCCCGGCCCCGUCUAUGAGAAGUGCAUGGCACCGCCUUCUACCAGCUGCCUGGGGGACGCCCACCUGGAGGGCCUGGCGGGGGAGAACGAGCCGGAGCUGGAAGCCGGGACCCCGGCCCAGGAGGACGACCUGGAGGGGGCCGUGGAGGCCGUGGCCUGCUUCGCCUACACGGGCCGCACGGCCCAGGAGCUGAGCUUCCAGCGCGGGGAUGUGCUGCGGCUGCUCGAGCGGGCCUCGGGCGACUGGUGGCGGGGCGAGCGCGCGGGCACCCGGGGACUCAUCCCGCACAAGUACAUCACGCUGCCCGCGGGUGCAGAGAAGCACGCCGCCGGCCAGGGGCCACAGGCUACGGGGGAGCUGCUGAACAGUCCAGGCGUCCUCCCGGCCACAGAAUUUGCCCACCGGCCAGAGCCAUGCACCCCACCUGACGCCCCUCUGGGCACACCCGGGGGUCCCGCUGGGUACAGGCGGCACUGCUUGGUCCCCACCUCCCCGGAGCGAUACGUGGAGGUAGACAAGGCCGUGGCACAGACCAUGGACUCCGUGUUCAAGGAACUCUUGGGAAAGACCUCUGCUCGCCAGGGCCUCGGGCCGGCGAUCGCCGGCUCCCCCAGCCCCGGACCCGGCAAUGUGAAGCCUCCAGCCUGCAGCCGCCUUGGCAAGAACAAAGGCUUCUCCCGCGGCCCCGGGGCCCUGGCGUCACCCGCGUUGUCCCAUCCCCAGGGCCUGGACUCACCCCUCAAGCACUGACGCGCUGCUCCCUGGCCUGUCCAGCAAGCGCUGGGCUCCUGCUCUUGUCCCCUCUGCAGAGGAGGGUACAGCCACCCCAACGCCCCCCCCUGCCUGCCCCAGCCCCGGCUCGGGCCCCUUUGGGAGGCAGCUGAGGAAGGAGGCCGAGGCUGAGGGGCUUUUGCCGGGCGGGCUUGUCGGUGACUGUCGGGCGGUGGGCGCCCAGGCUGCUCUCUGCCUCAGCUGAGGGUGCCAGCCUGGUGGAGGUGGGCAGGCGUUGGCCGCUGUUUAUAAAGACCUGUGCGCUGA